CCAAGCUUCGCAACAGCGAGCCGUCAUCGCUCAGUCUCUCUUUAAUCAGAAUCAUAGAUUCUAGUCCCUCGUUACCAGUGUGUGCUCCAGCGCUACCUAUCUUUCACCACCCUCAUAUCUUCUCUCGAAACAGUUUCUUUUUCUUCUUCUUCUUUUUCAGUAUCAUAUCGUCUUCAGUCGUCUCUCCUUCACAAUGUGGCAGAUCAAGGCUGCCGCAGCCGCUCUGCUUCUUGCACAGCCGACGCUGUGCCAACUCUCGAGAUGUCCUUCCGGCGAGGCACGUCUCGGCACCCCCAGCGGCGCUCUCUACGCCGUCUGUGAGGAGGCCGACUUCCGCGGCUCUACCGUGCAAUCACUCGACACUGUCGCUACUCUGGCCGACUGCGCCCAGGCCUGCGAGCGGCGGCCCGGAUGCACCCGCGCCGUCUACGACAAGACCAAGUCCGAGUGCCAUCUGAAGUCCUCGUGCGGCAUGAGCUUGAUUGCCGCCGAGCCCCAGUUCACCACCAUCAAGUGGCUGCAUACCUUUGAGGCCGGCGAGGAGAUUGGCAGCUGUGUUGCCACGGCCCGAAACAUCACCUCGGCCGACGGCAGCGUGCUGGCGACAUGUUCCAGCGCCGACUUUAGCGGCAGCACGCGCGAGACCAUUGACGGGGUCGCCUCCCUCGACGCUUGUGCCAGCGAGUGCGGCCGGUCCGCGAGCUGCUUACGAGCCGUCUACCACCAGCAGGCCUCGCAGUGCCUCCUCAAGGACGACUCGGCCGAGCUGCAGUGGACUUUCCAGCCGGGAUACGACACGGUCCAGAAGAUCUCGCCCCCAUCCGGCCCUGCUCCUGUCCCGACCCCUCCGGCCGACCCUGUUGCCACUCUCGGCCGCUGGUCCGAGCCCAUCAAGUUCCCCAUCAUCCCCGUGGCUGCCUACAUGGUUCCCAGCGGGCCUGUCGCGACCAAGAUCCUCAUGUUCUCCUCUUGGGGAGCCACGGACUUUGGCGGCGCCGGCGGCAAGACGCAGUUCGCCUCGUACGACAUGAGCACUGGGGCCGUGUCGGAGCGCACCGUCGUCAACACCCACCACGACAUGUUCUGCCCCGGCAUCAGCGCCCUCGGAGACGGCAAGAUUGUCAUCUCGGGAGGCUCCGACGCCGCGGCCGUCAGCAUCUACGACCCGGCCACCGACGCCUUCACCAAGGCACCCGACAUGGUCGUCGCCCGUGGUUACCAGAGCUCGGCCACCCUCUCUGACGGCCGCGUCUUCACCAUCGGAGGCUCCUACUCUGGUGGCAAGGGUGGCAAGACCGGCGAGGUCUACGACCCGGUCCAGAACAAGUGGACGCUGCUGCCCGGCACUGACCCCAAGCCCAUCCUGACCACCGACCACGAGGGCAUCUGGCGCGAGGACAACCACGCCUGGCUCUUUGGCUGGCGCAACGGCUCCGUCUUCCAGGCCGGCCCCAGCAAGGCCAUGAACUGGUACCUGACCGACGACGAGGGCUCCCACGUCCCGGCCGGCACCCGCGAGGCCGAGAUGGACCAGAUGUGCGGCAUCAACGUCAUGUACGACGUCGGCAAGAUCCUCUCGGCAGGCGGCAGCCAGGACUACACGGACAGCGCGGCGAGCAGCCAGGCCCACGUCAUCGAGAUUGGCAACGUUGGCGAGGAGGCCACAGCCAUCACGACGGCCAACAUGCACUUUGCGCGUGGCUUUGCCAACGCCGUCGUGCUGCCCGACGGCCAGGUCAUUGUGACCGGCGGCCAGAAGAAGUCGCUCGUCUUCACCGACACCGACUCGGUCCUGAUCCCCGAGAUCUGGAGCGAGAAGACCAACGCCUGGGCGCAGCUCGCCCCUGCCGCGAUUCCCCGCAACUACCACUCGGUCAGUCUCCUGCUGCCCGACGGAACCGUCUUUGUCGGCGGCGGCGGCAUGUGCUACGGCCAGAAGAACUGCGACCGGGCCAAGGACCACCUCGACGGCGAGAUCUUCACGCCGCCCUACCUCUUCGCCCGGGACGGCACCCCCGCGGCCCGCCCCGUCGUCAAGAGCGUCUCCGCCGCGGAAGCCACCGUCGGCACGACCCUCGCCGUCGACCUCGAGGGCGACGCCGAGGGCGUCUCCUUCGUCUUUGUGCGCAUGGGAAGCUCCACGCACAGCAUCAACUCGGACCAGCGCCGCGUGCCCCUCACCCAGACCCAGCAGACCGGGCCGGGCGCGUACUCGGUGACGAUCCCCAACGACUCGGGCGUCGUCCUGCCGGGACCGUGGUACCUCUUUGCCAUGUCCAAGGACGGCGUGCCCAGCAUCGCCAGAACCGUCAUGAUCACCCCGUCUUAAGCUUGUCGGGUUUUAUGAAGUGUGGUGAAUUGUAAUAUGGGGGGCACAAUAGCCGUGGACGAAGACGAUUUGACACGGCCGAACAAACCGGGUCCGGGAAGAGGACUAUGCAGACAUACUUAACGUUUACUUUUUAAUACAUAAUAGCAUCAAAAUACAUCACAUACACUGUAUUCUAUCCAC